AUGGCUCCCCUGAGGCUGAACGCCACCAUCUCGGACCGCCGCAUCACCAUCAUCUUCUCGCACAAAGCAUCCGCCAUCAACUACGACAAAUACCUCCAGAGCCUCGACGACUCCUUUUACGAGAAGCACAACUGCGAGCUCGCCAAGUCGGGCGACAGAAUCUCCUUGGACCUCCCCGCCGACAUCACCGCCGAGACGAACAACAGGUUCAAGGACGUCACGCUUGUCUUCGCCGAUGCAGAAGCCGCCCUGACAUGGGAGAGGAAGAUGAUACUGUGGAGGGAGAGGCUGCCACAGGCGAACAAGCGACGGCUCUCGCGGGCCUUCGCGGUCGAGCUCUUCAGCGGCGAGCUCGCGAGAGCGAGACCGCAAGCCGACCUGGAGUUCUUGACGGUUUCGGGCCAGUGA